UGAUGUGACAAAAUCAAGGAUAGGGUAUGAAAACACAGAUUAGGAUUCCCAAAAUCUUGACCCUUUUCCAGUCCACCGUAGGAUGGCAACCAUUUAAGCUUGGUCAAUAAUUGCGCACAUCCACCUGCGAAGCACUGUAACCGCUCUCUUUGUAAUAGAAAUUCCAUGCUAGUGCAGGUUGCACAAACGACACGAGCGCUACCUAAAACACUAUAUCAACCCAAAGAGUCCUCUCCCCAUUCUCCUUAUACCAUUCGUUGUUUUCCUCUGUUCUGCUCUGUUUCUCUCUAUCUGUGUCUUCUCUGUUUUUACUCUGCUCUGUUCUCUCUGUUUUUCACUGUUCUUCUAAUCUUCUCUGUUCUUGUAUGGACUGAUUAGAUCGCAGCAUACACUGUCAGCUCAAUCUCUAGUUCUCUUAAAGCCACGACGACGAUCGAAGAUGUCUCGCACCUGUUCGCAGUGCGGAAAUAACGGCCACAACUCGCGCACCUGCUCCGAGCCCGGCGGCGGCGGCGGCGGUUUCAUGCUAUUCGGCGUGCGCGUCACGGAGGAGGGGUCGUUCAGGAAGAGCGUCAGCAUGAACAAUCUCUCCCAGUACGAGCAGCCUCAGGAGCCCAACGCCGACGUCGCUGCCGGCUACGCCUCCGACGACGCCGUCCACGCCUCCGCCAGGAGUCGCGAGCGCAAGAGAGGGGUUCCGUGGACGGAGGAAGAACACAAGCUUUUCUUGUUAGGGUUGCAGAAGGUGGGAAAAGGGGAUUGGAGAGGAAUCUCAAGGAACUUUGUGAAGACUCGCACGCCCACUCAGGUCGCCAGCCAUGCUCAGAAAUACUUUCUCCGGCGAAACAACCAUAACCGGAGACGUCGCCGAUCUAGUCUCUUCGACAUCACGACCGACAUGUUUAUGAGCUCGGCUAUUGAGGAAGAACAGGUGCAGCAAGAAAGCACAACCCCGCCGCUGCAGCCAAAUCUCAGCAUCGGAGGAUUCACGGUGUCGCCGUUUCAGGUGACGCUCGCUCCCGUAGCGUUACCGGUGAUCGCCGCAGAGAACCCAUCAACAGAGAAUUUCACAUUAGGACAGAGCAAUCAAGACAAGACGCCGAUGAAUCUCAUCCGUCCAAUUCCCAUUCUCCCAUUCCCCCAAAUGGCAGAUCUCAAUCUGAACCACACGUCCGCCAUGGAUCCCCUGCCUUUAUCCCUGAAACUCUCCACAUCCCCCUCGGACCAACCGCCGCCGCCGCACUCUUCGGCGUUCCAGGCCAUGUCCGCCGGCGAGAGCAUAAUUAGUGUGGCGUGAAGAAAUUAAUGAUCAAUCCGCGUGCUAUGAAGGUGGGGAAGAUGGGAUUAGAUGAAUUGGAGGGUUAGAUUUAGGGAGGAUUUAGGUUAAGUGUCGUAGAUUGUUGUACAUGGAAGGUAAGGUAGAAUGAUUUUAAGGAAGAAGGGGUUUGUCGUUUUCGCCGCGGGAUUCUUGUUUAAUUUGUCUUGUCUGGUUUCGUUUUGUUGUGUGGUGAUGGAGUAAUGACAGCGCCGAAGUUGGAUUCUGUUGAAUGUAAUUGUAUCAAUCCUGUCAUGUUAAUUUAAUGCUCUAAGAUUGAGUUAACUGAA